UACGUUAGUGUCGUGAAAGAAAUAAAGCAAGAAAAUUCGCAAAGAAACAAUGAAAGGUGCUAUAUUCCUCACAGUUUUCCUAUCAAUUUUCGUGGGGGUUGUUCUGUGCCAAAACGACGGAAGACCCGGAUGUAUGACAAGAUAUGAAUUUAAACGUUUUUGGCGGAAUCGUCUAGAUAAUUCUGUGUUCUUCAACUGCACAAUGUGGGGUGAAUCGCGUGUUAUUGCAUGUCCACCUGGAACACUCUUCCAGGAAGCAUGGCAAACGUGUGUGCCCGCCAAUCGUUUCCAAGAGACACCCUUCUAUGAUCCACCAACAAGUGCAUAUACUAGUGAUGAAACAAUGUGCAAAGAAAUAAUUUUCCCGCCACAGUGUAAACCAGAUGAGAAUAAUCCACCCACAAGCACACCACAGCCAACGGACACAACUGAAGAAACGACUGAAUCCUCGACGGAGUCCAGUUCGUCGAAUUCAGAAGAAACGACCACGAGUGAAUGGUCAACGGUGCCAAGUUCAACAACAACGGAAGAUAUAACAACCGUAGAGCCUACAACUGCACCUGAGACAUCCACAACUGAAGAAAUUGCUACUACUACAGGCCCCACAAAUCCUCCAGAAACUACUGCAGGCCCCACAAAUCCAACAGAAACUACUGAAGGGUUAACGGAUACUCCAACAACAACUGAAGCGCAAACAAAUCCUCCAGAAACUACUGCAGGCCCUACAAAUCCACCAGAAACUACUGCAGGCCCCACAAAUCCUCCAGAAACUACUGAAGGCUUAACGGAUACUCCAACAACAACUGAAGCACAAACAAAUCCUCCAGAAACUACUGCAGGCCCCACAAAUCCACCAGAAACUACUGCAGGCCCCACAAAUCCUCCAGAAACUACUGAAGGGUUAACGGAUGCUCCAACAACAACUGAAGCCCAAACAAAUCCUCCAGAAACGACUGCAGGCCCCACAAAUCCUCCAGAAACUACUGCAGGCCCCACAAAUCCUCCAGAAACUACUGAAGGGUUAACUGAUGCUCCAACAACAACUGAAGCCCAAACAAAUCCUCCAGAAACGACUGCAGGCCCCACAAAUCCUCCAGAAACUACUGAAGGGUUAACUGAUGUUCCAACAACAACUGAAGCCCAAACAAAUCCUCCAGAAACGACUGCAGGCCCCACAAAUCCUCCAGAAACUACUGCAGGCCCCACAAAUCCUCCAGAAACUACUGAAGGGUUAACGGAUGCUCCAACAACAACUGAAGCCCAAACAAAUCCUCCAGAAACGACUGCAGGCCCCACAAAUCCUCCAGAAACUACUGCAGGCCCCACAAAUCCUCCAGAAACUACUGAAGGGUUAACGGAUGCUCCAACAACAACUGAAGCCCAAACAAAUCCUCCAGAAACGACUGCAGGCCCCACAAAUCCUCCAGAAACUACUGCAGGCCCCACAAAUCCUCCAGAAACUACUGAAGGGUUAACGGAUGCUCCAACAACAACUGAAGCCCAAACAAAUCCUCCAGAAACGACUGCAGGCCCCACAAAUCCUCCAGAAACUACUGCAGGCCCCACAAAUCCUCCAGAAACUACUGAAGGGUUAACUGAUGCUCCAACAACAACUGAAGCCCAAACAAAUCCUCCAGAAACGACUGCAGGCCCCACAAAUCCUCCAGAAACUACUGAAGGGUUAACUGAUGUUCCAACAACAACUGAAGCCCAAACAAAUCCUCCAGAAACGACUGCAGGCCCCACAAAUCCUCCAGAAACUACUGCAGGCCCCACAAAUCCUCCAGAAACUACUGAAGGGUUAACGGAUGCUCCAACAACAACUGAAGCCCAAACAAAUCCUCCAGAAACGACUGCAGGCCCCACAAAUCCUCCAGAAACUACUGCAGGCCCCACAAAUCCUCCAGAAACUACUGAAGGGUUAACGGAUGCUCCAACAACAACUGAAGCCCAAACAAAUCCUCCAGAAACGACUGCAGGCCCCACAAAUCCUCCAGAAACUACUGCAGGCCCCACAAAUCCUCCAGAAACUACUGAAGGGUUAACGGAUGCUCCAACAACAACUGAAGCCCAAACAAAUCCUCCAGAAACGACUGCAGGCCCCACAAAUCCUCCAGAAACUACUGCAGGCCCCACAAAUCCUCCAGAAACUACUGAAGGGUUAACGGAUGCUCCAACAACAACUGAAGCCCAAACAAAUCCUCCAGAAACGACUGCAGGCCCCACAAAUCCUCCAGAAACUACUGAAGGGUUAACGGAUGCUCCUACAACAACUGAAGCCCAAACAAAUCCUCCAGAAACGACUGCAGCCCCCACAAAUCCUCCAGAAACAACUACAGGCCCCACAAAUCCUCCAGAAACUACUGAAGGGUUAACGGAUGCUCCAACAACAACUGAAGCCCAAACAAAUCCUCCAGAAACGACUGCAGGCCCCACAAAUCCUCCAGAAACUACUGAAGGGUUAACGGAUGCUCCAACAACAACUGAAGCCCAAACAAAUCCUCCAGAAACGACUGCAGCCCCCACAAAUCCUCCAGAAACAACUGCAGGCCCCACAAAUCCUCCAGAAACGACUGCAGGCCCCACAAAUCCUCCAGAAACUACUGAAGGUUUAACUGAUGCUCCAACAACAACUGAAGCCCAAACAAAUCCUCCAGAAACGACUGCAGGCCCCACAAAUCCUCCAGAAACGACUGCAGGCCCCACAAAUCCUCCAGAAACGACUACAGGCCCCACAAAUCCUCCAGAAACGACUGCAGGCCCUACAAAUCCUCCAGAAACUACUGCAGGCCCCACAAAUCCUCCAGAAACGACUGCAGGCCCCACAAAUCCUCCAGAAACGACUACAGGCCCCACAAAUCCACCAGAAACAACUGCAAGCCCCACAAAUACUCCAGAAACGACUGCUGGCCCCACAAAUCCUCCAGAAACUACUGAAGGUUUAACUGAUGCUCCAACAACAACUGAAGCCCAAACAAAUCCUCCAGAAACGACUGCAGGCCCCACAAAUCCUCCAGAAACGACUACAGGCCCCACAAAUCCUCCAGAAACGACUGCAGGCCCUACAAAUCCUCCAGAAACUACUGAAGGUUUAACUGAUGCUCCAACAACAACUGAAGCCCAAACAAAUCCUCCAGAAACGACUGCAGGCCCCACAAAUCCACCAGAAACGACUGCAGGCCCCACAAAUCCUCCAGAAACUACUGAAGGGUUAACGGAUGCUCCCACAACAACUGAAGCCCAAACAAAUCCUCCAGAAACGACUGCAGGCCCCACAAAUCCACCAGAAACGACUGCAGGCCCCACAAAUCCUCCAGAAACUACUGCAGGCCCCACAAAUCCCCCAGAAACUACUGAAGGGUUAACGGAUGCUCCAACAACAACUGAAGCCCAAACAAAUCCUCCAGAAACGACUGCAGGCCCCACAAAUCCUCCAGAAACUACUGCAGGCCCCACAAAUCCUCCAGAAACGACUGCAGGCCCUACAAAUCCUCCAGAAACGACUACAGGCCCUACAAAUCCUCCAGAAACGACUGCAGGCCCCACAAAUCCUCCAGAAACUACUGAAGGGUUAACGGAUGCUCCCACAACAACUGAAGCCCAAACAAAUCCUCCAGAAACGACUGCAGGCCCCACAAAUCCACCAGAAACGACUGCAGGCCCCACAAAUCCUCCAGAAACUACUGAAGGGUUAACGGAUGCUCCCACAACAACUGAUAGCCCUACAAAUCCACCAGAAACGACUGCAGGCCCCACAAAUCCUCCAGAAACUACUGCAGGCCCCACAAAUCCUCCAGAAACUACUGAAGGGUUAACGGAUGCUCCAACAACAACUGAAGCCCAAACAAAUCCUCCAGAAACGACUGCAAGCCCCACAAAUCCUCCAGAAACGACUGCAGGCCCCACAAAUCCUCCAGAAACUACUGAAGGGUUAACGGAUGCUCCCACAACAACUGAUAGCCCUACAAAUCCACCAGAGAACACAACAACAGAAGAAGUUAAGACAACAGAGCCAACAAGUCCUGCCCCAACAACCACUCCUAAUCCUCCUAGCAUAAUCCAGCUGUGUCCUGGAGCUGCUCCAAGUAGUGGUGCACCUGGAAGUCACUCCUGCUCUCAGCCACUCUGCACUGAAGAAGAAUGGCGAAAUAACGAACAUCUUCCCAGCAGGCAACCGAGUAUCUUCUAUCAAUGUGUUGCUCCUGGUGUUCCUGUGCAGAAGGAAUGUCCUGGCGGAACAUGCUUCAGUACACAAUACAAAGUCUGCGUUCAUCCAUAUCAGUGGAACAAUCCAUGCGAUGGCGUCUUACCUGCGUGAUUCAUUUAUUAGGUGAAAUUUUUUGGGGGAAAGACGUUAAGAGAAAAGCAAUAUUUUGAAAUCAAAGUUGUAAAAAAAAACAUUAUUAUGCUGUAAAUAAAUUUAUGAACAUUUUGUGAUUAUUUAA